AAUCUGUCACCCCGAUUUUCGCUUUCAAAAAUUUCCACGCUUCUCUGGAUUACCGAUUAUCGUCGAAAUGAACACUGUCAAAUCCUUCUGGUUGGGCUGGGGCUCUCUCUGCGUUGCCGGUGGCGGUGCCUACUACUUCGCUAAGAAGCAAAUCAAUGCCGACCGUCAAGCCAAGAUGGACGCCCACCGCAGGAAGAUACAGAUGAUCAACAACUUGGAGGCCGAAGAGGGCGGCGGUCCUCCCCGCGACGACCAUACCUACUCCCCAAGCACCGAGAUUGCUCAAGAUCCCGCUCCUACACGACAUGCGCCAGCGACCGAGGAUCAACGCAUCAACGAGAAGAGCAAGUACGAGAGCAGUUCGGUGUACCGGAGUCCCAAGGGUGAUAGGUUCUCCUAGAUCAAUGGAGGACGGAAGGAGUAAGCUCUUGGAUGGAGCUGUGUACAACAAUUACCAUGCGGAACGCCUUAUCGUCAUGAAUUAACCUCGGAGAAAACUGCAAAAGGAAGGGCGCGGAUGACCUGUUGGUUGCAAUAUCAACCAUCAACACAAAAUUGCUUAAUACUAUGGCCUAUUCUGCUCAUGAGUUGGAUGCAACAUGUACGGACAAGACCGGUUAGAGUGGAUCCUUGAACCCUGUGCCGACCUCGCUUGCAGCUCUGGUACGGAAAGAAUCGCUUUCUGGUCCAUUCUGGCAUUGGUCUUUCUUUGUUUGCUACAUUGACGGUUCUACUUAUUGACAUCGAAAAAAUUGAACUGUAUUCGUCUCAA